GCAAGAUCGGUCGACCAAUAUGGCUCGCCGACUCGCCUUUGCAGCUCUAGUCCCCCUGCUACUCAUGUUCAUGGCCUUCGUCGUCUCCCUUGCCUGUGCCUUCGGCCCGCAGCAAUCCCACCACCUGCACUUGUACAUGCACGACUUCGCCGCAGGCCCCAACGUCAGCACCAUCCGUGUCGGUGUCGCCCAUGACACCGGCCCGCUCCUCGGAGGCUCCAAGCUCUGGCGCUUUGGCGACAUGGUGGUCAUGGACGACGCACUCACCGAGGGCCCUGGCAUGGGGUCCAGGGCUCUCGGACGCGCCCAGGGGUUCUACAUCGCGGCGUCAUCCAAGGGCAGCGACCCCACGCUGCACAUGUCAUUCGAUCUGCUGCUCACCAGUGGGCCUUACAACGGGAGCACGCUUGCGGUCACGGGCCGCGACAACGUCAUGGCGCCGGUGCGGGAGCUCUCGGUGGUGGGCGGCAUGGGGAGGUUCAGGAUGGCAACCGGGUACGUGCUGAUGCAGACCGUCGAGUGGUGGCAUGGCGAGUACGCUCUCCUAGAGCUCGAUGUUUACGUGCAUGCAUGAACAGGUCCCAUCACCUAAUUAAUAGGCCUGUUUGUGCUACUAUUGUGAGUUGUGUGAUAUUUUUCUCAUUUCUGUCGGUUUUAUUUUCGUGUGAAAAAAUGGGAUGCAGAUUGGAAUAAAACAAAAUGAUUGUGCUUCAGCGGAAGUAGUUCGCGUCCCAUUCUCUAGCAUGGCCCGUGUCCUAUGCUGGGCCAUUUGGUUUAGAGCUCUCAUAUGUUACUCUGCAAUAUAGCGUCACUAUGUAAAACUCAAUUUAUUUUUUCGGCUCAAAUUUGCAUGUACUC